ACUGUCUAUUUUGUAAUCCCUUUCUUUUAUACUUUCUUCUGGUUAUCUUUUUUUUCUCUUUCUCUAAAAACCCCUUUCUUUUGUCUUUCAUUGAACCCCUUUCUUUUUUUCUCUCACUUUCAACCAACGUCUUGCGGGAAACACUCACUUUAGUCUCUUCUCAGCAUAAAUUAUCACCGAUAUAAGUAUCUGUGUAUUGUUUUUUUUGAUUGUUUUUUUGUUACAUCAUCAUUACCCUUAAUUAAUAUUCAUUAUUAAUUAGACUAUUGACAUUAUUGUUCAUUAAUUGUGCUAUUUUAUUGCUGUUAUUUGUUGUUUACUGGAAAUAUUUAAAUUAAUAGUUAUUAACCGAAAAUCUGUAUCGUUUGGUAGCGCCUUUUGUUUCUCAUUGUGUUAAGCUUUUUUGUCUGUUGGCUUUCACCAGUGUGUACUGUUGUUUAAUCAAAAAAGCCAUCAACUUGUGUCAAACAGUUAAAUAAUCAACCUUCAAUAUACAUGCUAACCAUUAUUAGUGACAAAUUAAUUACCUUACCGGGGUUACAAAAAUGUGGAUCACAACACCCUCAACCUUUUUAACAUUUCAUAGUCCCAUAAUCCGCAAUAAAACUAUUGAAGAGUGCCUUGCUGUUCGAGACUAUUUAACCCACGAAGCGAGAUGCGACUUUGUUCAAAAUAAUCAUGAUUGUAAUACAACAUUGUCAUUAAUUGAUUACAAUCAAUUCCUAUUUUGUGGCUUUGAACCUGAAAAGAUUGCCUAUGGAGUUAUUAUUUGUAUUACAUGGGCUCUUAUACUAUUUUUGGCCUUAGCUGUAACUGCCACUGAUUUGUAAGUUAUAUUAUUUGUUUACCGCUGAUUAUCCCUUUUUUAAUCUGUAUUUUUCCUG